GAAAAAUUAGCCAUCGGAAACACUAUUUAAUUGGUUUAUCCGACGGAAAUGUUUCUCAGUGUGCGUCCCGUGGACUUAUGUGACUAUUUGCCUGCGACUUUCAAUGUCGCUCCAUUUCUCGCGUGGUCAAAAAGAAGCGCGAAUGUACAAACUCCCCGAGGCGGAUGCGCGCGGGUAGGUAGAAUUCCUGAGGACACUCGGCAUUGAUCCCUGGACGCGCAAGCGCCGACCGGUGUAUCUUCACCUACUUCCAUCGCUCCCGGUCGUCGGAGAAUCCGCGAAAGUCCGUAACGUAACGCGGUCGUCUAUUUUCGUUUAUCCGAAGAGGCGGCGGCCUCACCGCGACGUUGCUGGUCCCAGCCGAGCAGGUAGACGGUAGAACGUUCGAUGUCGGCUCUUCUAGAUGUAUGUGGAAAUGACACCGGUUCGCCAUCGAUAUCGAAGGCAGAUGAUAAUCUAUCCAACAGCGACGGGCCCCUGAUCAAGGGCAUCAUUCGCCAAAAUAGUUGCGGCAGCAUGCAUGCGAGGACAAUCGCCUCCUCGCACGGCAUGUCGUCGAUGGGCGAAAAAUCCAUAAAGAAACGUUACUGUCUCUGGGCGUUGACUUUGGUCCUGGCGAUAAUCGGCCUCUGCAAUCUUUUCCUAAACAUCACUGUCAUCGCUGUUUUGCGUAUAAGUCAGGGAAUGGAAGCUAUGGAAGUAAUCCCGGACGAAAACCUCGUCAAAUUCUACGGAAGAACAGAUUUGGACAAAAUAUCCCUGCAGUCGGGCGUCUGCCAGAGUUACGGCGACGAGCCGAUGGAGAUAUCCGGCGACGAGGCUGGGGUGCACGUCGAUGUAAAGAGGCAUCCGCACUCGAAGCUGGGUGUCCUACCGAACGGUACCACCAUGUCGCAAGUAGAGUCGUUCGAGGUGAAGGACCCGCGUACCGGCGCGACCUACUUCACCACGGACUUCCCGAACUUCGGUCUGCCGAGCGGCGUCAAGACGAUCGACGUGAGGAUCGCGGAGACCCAUCGGAUUACGUCGCCGGUCAACGAGAGCUUGGAGAUCAAGUCCAACAACGAGGUCUCGUUGCACGGCGCGGAAGGCGUGCGCAUAGAGAGCAAGAAUAUCGUGUGGAGCGCCGAUCGCGACAUCUUCUUGAAAAGCGUCAACGGCAGCGUCGUGCUGGAUGCCAAGGACGGCGUUUCCAUCGACGUGGAGACUCUCCCGGUGGCGCCGAUGUUCCUGCAGAGUCCAACCACGAGCCACGAGCAGUACAAGGUCUGCGUGUGCAUGCCGCAGGGCAAGCUCUUCAAGGUGCCGGUCCGCCCGGGCACCAGUUCCCGUAUGGUUAAUUGCGCGCGGGUCGCCAGAACCCCGGAGAACGAUCCUUGCCUACACUAGGUUCUAAAUGAGGACUGACAUUUUCUACCACGUUUCGUUACACGCUUGUGACAUGCAUAUCACUGCCAAACUGCAAAUACAUACGAAAUAUGUACAAGCACAUAGUUCAUAUGUGUACAUGAUACCGUGGGAUCGGUGGAUGUGGAACGGAAUUUUUCCAAGUAUAUAAAAAACACUGAUCUCCCAACAUAUUUACAUGUCGCAAUACAGUUAUCAACCAAAUGUUUAAGGAAAUCAGAUACAUUUUUCGAUAAAAGGAAAUUUACACAGGACUAAUCUCCGGAGAUCAAAUCUCUCCAUGGAAUUUAUACAAUCGAUGUUGAAAGUGUAGAUGCUUAAAGUGCUGUAUAUGCGGAAGAUACUUAGAAGAGUAAAAUAAGUUACUUAAUCGAGUAGAAUGCACAUUAAUCUAUAUUUUUACUUUACGCCGAGUCUCACAUGUCGGGGACGCACUUGUGUCGUCAAAUUGUCCGAGAUACAAAUAUCAACUGCAUUUAAAAGUAUAAUUUCGUCAAUGGAAUUACCUUGUCAUGAGAUGUAUGUGUGCAAAAUGUGUUAUAAAUAUACGUUUGUAAGAC